AUACAUCUCAGUUAAGCAAAAAUAUUUUCACCUGAUUAAACAUCUUACCGCCAGAGGUGGGUAGUAAUGCGCUACAUUUACUCCGUUACAUCUAUUUGAGUAACUUUUUGGAUAAAUUGUACUUUUAAAAGUAGUUUUAAUGCAACAUACUUUUACUUUUACUUAAGUAUUUUUAUAGAGAAGAAACGCUACUUUUACUCCGCUCCAUUUAUCUACAUUCAGCUCGCUACUCGCUACUUUUUUUUAAUCGACCUGUUAAUACACGUUUUUUUUGUUUUCGUUGUCAGACAUACCUUCACAGUAGGAUUUAUCGCAUGCCUGCGUUUCACCAAUCAAAUGCAAUCAUUAGUGACUUUUGACUCCGUUUCACCAAUCAAAUGCAGUUACUGGUGACGUUGGACUCCGUUUCACCAAUCAAAUGCCGUCGCUGGUGACGUUUGACUACGUUUCACCAAUCAAACAGAGCCAGGCGCUCACGUGAUUAACUGCCCAAAAAUUUUCAGCGGCAAACAACAACAAUGGCAGAGACGACAACGAACGCAAACACCCCUGGCCUCACAUAAAAUCGAUGUUCACGCUUCAGACAACCAAAAAAACUGUUAUGUAGGGCGUUGUCAUAUGUGUCUCCCCAAACAAGUGGACAUUUCAGCUUGCAUGAACUCAACGUCAAAUUUGAGGAAGCACAUCGCGGUGCAUGUCUUUGGAGGUGGGAGGAAGCCGGAGUACCGGAGGGAACCCACGCAGUCACGGGGAGGACAUGCAAACUCCAUACAGAAAGAUCCCGACCGCAGGAUUGAACCCAGGACCUUCGUAUUGUGAGGCAGACACUAACCCCUGUUUCACCACUGUUUUAAUAUACGCAAAAUGUUUUAAAUUGGCCCUAGAGUGUGAAGGUUGUCUGUCUAUCUGUGUUGGCCCUGUGAUGAGGGUGCGACUUGUCCAGGGUGUACCCUGCCUUCCGCCCGAAACGCAGCUGAGAUAGGCACCAGCGACUCCGAAAGGGACAAGCGUGUGACACAAGGGUGAUGUUGGCCGUCGCUCGAUUCAUUAAUCAUGCAUGCCUAGUUCUGUUGGCCACUAGUUAGUCAGGAGACAGGAGUGCGGCUUGUUCUUCACAUUGCCUCCAUGGCUUCCUCUGGGGGAUGCACGCUCUGGAACAUUCUAAGUGUUUGCUUCACAGCACUGCAGACAAGUGGUCUGGUGGUGACCGUGAAGGAGUCCACCAUCGAAGUGGUCCGAGGUGAUUUUGUCAUCCUACCUUGUUCCUUCUUCACCUCCAGCCCACUUUCAAGACUCAACAUCAUCUGGACACUUGCUCCCUUCUCCAGUCCAUACUCCCCCAUUCAGGUGAUCGUGUUUGACCACGGCCAGAUUAUAGAAGACACUUCCCUCAUUGGCAGGGUGGCUUUCACAGCUAUUCCAUUAAGUGGCGACAUCAUGGUGAAUGACACGCGAGUAUCAGAUGCGGGCGUUUAUCGCUGCAUGGUCAACAAUCCUCCCGAGACUGCAGAUCCGGGCAUAGGAGAACUGGUCCUCAGAGUUCUGGUGGCGCCCUCGCUGCCGGCGUGUGAGUGGGAAGGCGAGAUGGUGGCGGGAGGAAGUGUCACCUUGUCGUGUUCUGUAGCAGAAGGGAUUCCCAGUCCUGACAUCCACUGGGAUAAACUCAAUCCUGAGGAGAUUUCUCUUCCCAUCAACAUGGAAGACGAUCUGUCCGGCUCCGUCCAAAUCGUCAACGUGUCGUCUCAGACGUCGGGCUUGUAUCGUUGCUCCGCCUCCAACGUCCUGGGGACCGAGAACUGCUACGUCAACCUGUCCGUCUACAGCGCAUUGGCCGGCAACUCCUCCGGGAUCCUGCAGGGGGUGCUGUUGACUUUAUCCAUGGCUCUCAUGCUGCUGGCCCUCCUGCUGCUCAGCUUGUGGCUUCACCGCACGGGUCACGACGGACGAUGGAAGACCUCCGAAGAAGAGGAGGAGGAAGGUUACAAUGAGAUCCGCUACACUCCAUCACUGAUAAAGCGUUCCUUUGUUUGACCUGCUACGAAGACGCCAUAUUGGUUUAGAAUAAACAUUACUCUGACUUUC